CCUGAAGGAUCAGCCAACUGUUUCUCCAGGGAGAAGAGGCAAGGAGCGGCUCAGCUGCCUUUUCUGACACUCUGCUUCAAGGGAAGCAAGAGCCCUUCACCUGAAAUCCUCCCACGAUGCUGCGGUUGCUGCUGCUGCAGGUCUGGGCGAGCUGCCUCUGGCUGGGACACGGCGAGGUGGUGCAGUCCCUUUCAAAUAUAUGUGAUCAGUUUUUCUACCAGAAAAUGAUCGCAACAAAUGGCCUCCUGCCAGAGAACUCGGCCUGGAUCUGCCAGACCUUCCAAAACCAGCGUUUCUUUGCCACCUUGUAUGACAAACAGAAUCGUAUUCCUGUGUACUCUGCUUACAUCUACAACCCUGUAAGUGCAAAGAGAGUUACACCAGAAUGGAUGGUGGAGCCCCAGCUGAUCCGUGACAAUUUGCCCGACGAUAUGGAAACAGAGAAGACCCUCAGAGAAACUUACUCAGUCAGCCAAGAUGACAUCAGCGAUAGCCAGGCUGUCUACCAAGACUACCUGCACCUUAACAAUUUGGACCGUGGCCAUUUGAGCCCUGCUGCCCAUCACAACACCCAGGACGGCAGGAACGCGACCUUCACCUUCACCAACAUAGUGCCCCAGGACACUGCACUCAACAACGGCGCCUGGAACCUCUAUGAGCAGAAAACAAUGGCCAAGAAAAGCAAGGACUGUCAAACCACCUAUGCCAUUGUGGGGGCUGUGCCUGGGACCUCCUACAUCUCCCAAAACAGGGUUAAUGUACCCAGCCACAUCUGGGCCAGUGCCUGCUGCAAGACCAAAAACAACACCAUGAUUGCUUGGGGAGCCAUUGCCCAGAACAACCAGAACAACGUCCGGGUCCUCAAGCUGGGGGCACUGGAGCAAAUGUUGGCCCAGCUGUAUACCAGGGGAGCGGUUUCUCUGUUCCAUGAGGACUGUCCCCGUACAUAAGCCUCACAUCCCAGGUUGGGGGCUUUUCCCACAUGUCACAGAGUCACAGAAUGCUGUAAUUGGAAGGGAUCUCAAAGAUCAUCCAGUUCCAAACCCCCACUGCAAAAUGGCAGGGACACCUUCCACUAGACCAGCUUGCUCACAGCCAUGUCCAACCUGGCCUUCAACACUUCCAGGGAUGGGGUAGCCACAGCUUCUCUGGGCAACCUUUGCCAGGGCCUCACCACUCUCAUGAGGAAGAAUUUCUUACUAAUACGUAGUCUGACCCUGCCUUCUGUCAGUUUAAAUCCCCUUCUCCGGUAAGUCCAUGCCCUUGUUCAAAGUCCCCCUCCAAAACUCACGGAGACCCAUUAGGUAAUGGAAUGGGAUCCAUAUUCUCCUCGGGGCGGAGCCUUUUCCAGCUGAACAGUCACAACUCUGUCACCCUGUCUCCAGAGCAGAGGUGCUCCAGCUCUCAGAGCACCUCUGUGGCCUCCUCUGGACUCCACUCCAACAGGUUUGUGUCCUUCUCUUGUUGUGAGCCCAUUGCAAAGGAAAUCAGAGCUUCUCACUGAGACCACAAGGGCCUUGUUUGCCUUUUGCUCCAUGCCCACAUACAGGUCUUAGUUCCUUCCUCUCCUCAUCAGCUGUCCCUGAGAGUGUGCUGCUGACUCAUCCCUCACCUCCUGAGGAAGGCUGUGGGACUAGGGUGGCUCAGGUUGCCCACCUCAGGUGUUGUGGAGUCUCCAUUGCUGGAGAGGCUCAAACCCCAAGUGGACCUGAUCGUGGACAACCUGCUCUAGCUGACCCUGCUUGAGCAGGGUCUGGACUAGGAGAUCUUGAGAGGUCCCUCCAAACCUCAACAGUUCAGUGAUUCUGUGAUCCUGGGACGAGGUUUUGUUUGCUUGCUUUUAAAACCCGCAAAUUGUAGAAGCUAUGAAGAUAGGCAGGCUCAGACAUCGGAUAUAGAGGAAGCCUUGACCAGUCAGAGAUAAAUUUCUGCAAUAAACUGCUUGGAUAACUUCAUUCUCUGCUCUGCUUCUGAAACCUUUUCUGCAGAUUUAUGGCUAAAUGAUUUUGUGACAUGUAUUCAGUGGAGUCAUUCUAAUCAAUGCAUUCAGUGUGUCAAUCCAAAGGUCAGUGUGUGCCAGAUCCUGUAGUUCCU